GUGAUUUUGAUAUGGUGUCACCUAGUCAUGCCAGCAUCCAGCCUUGAGAUAGCUGCCUACGACUUUGAAAGGGGACGGCCAGCUAAAUGUGAGCCCAUCACCAUCCCAAUGUGCCAAGGUAUUGGAUACAACUUGACCCGCAUGCCCAACUUCAUGGAUCACGACAACCAAAGAGAAGCAGCAAUCAAGCUGAACGAAUUCGCCCCGCUGGUGGAAUACGGCUGUGACGUCCAUCUACGCUUCUUUCUCUGCUCCCUCUAUGCACCCAUGUGCACAGACCAGGUAUCCACAUCCAUCCCUGCCUGCAGACCCAUGUGUGAGCAGGCACGUCAGAAGUGCUCGCCCAUCAUGGAGAAGUUUAACUAUGUCUGGCCCGAGUCUCUGGACUGCUCCAAACUCCCCACCAGGAACGACCCGAAUGCUUUAUGCAUGGAAGCUCCAGAGAACGACACCAAACCAGAGCCUAAGAAAGGUGAGGGAAUGCUCCCGGUGCCUCCUCGACCCAAACAGACCCCCGGUAGCUCAAGGCCAGGGGGUGCCAUGGGAGUCUGUGAAAACCCUGAAAAAUUUCAGUAUGUAGAGAAGAGCGAUUCAUGUGCUCCACGCUGCGCCUCCACCGUCGACGUGUUUUGGUCCAGACAGGACAAGGACUUUGCGUUUAUCUGGAUGGCUGUGUGGUCAACGCUAUGUUUUAUUUCAACAGCUUUCACCGUCCUUACCUUUUUACUGGAUCCUCAUCGGUUUCAGUACCCUGAACGACCCAUUAUCUUCCUCUCGAUGUGCUACAAUGUCUACUCCGUCGCCUUCAUCAUUCGGUCAGUAGCUGGUGCAGAAAACAUUGCCUGCGACCGUGAGAAUGGGGAACUUUAUAUUAUACAAGAGGGCCUGGAGAGCACCGGUUGCACCAUAGUCUUCCUUAUUUUGUACUACUUCGGCAUGGCAAGUUCGAUCUGGUGGGUCAUCCUGACCCUGACUUGGUUUUUGGCUGCAGGAAAGAAGUGGGGCCAUGAAGCCAUCGAGUCUCACAGUAGCUACUUUCACAUGGCUGCCUGGGGGAUACCUGCACUAAAGACGAUCGUCAUUCUAACUAUGAGGAAAGUCGCAGGUGAUGAGCUGACUGGACUGUGCUAUGUUGGCAGCAUGGACAUAGGUGCACUAACAGGAUUCGUCCUGGUCCCUCUGUCUUGCUACUUAGUUAUCGGGACGUCCUUCAUCCUGACCGGCUUUGUAGCACUUUUCCACAUCCGGAAAGUCAUGAAAAUUGAAGGCACCAAUACAGAGAAGCUGGAAAAGCUCAUGGUGAAGAUUGGCAUUUAUUCAAUCCUCUACACGGUCCCCGCGACCUGCGUCAUCAUUUGUUACUUUUACGAGCGCCUUAAUAUGGACUACUGGAAAUUCAGAGGUCUGGAGAGCAAAUGCACGACCUAUCCAGACCGGAGGAACGAGGACUGUAGUCUGGAAAGUUCUGUACCCAGUGUGGCAGUGUUCAUGCUGAAGAUCUUCAUGUCCCUUGUAGUGGGCAUUACUAGUGGUGUGUGGGUUUGGAGCUCCAAGACGUUGCAGACCUGGCAGGGGCUGUGCAGUCGGAAAUUAUCAGACAGGACUAGCAGAAAGCACUGCAUCGGAGGGAGCUGCAGCAGCAGCCACUGUCAUUACAAAGCCCCUGCCGUGGUACUUCACAUAUCCAAGACCGACCCUUACUCUGACUGCCCGGCACAUGUGUGA